AGCCAAGAGUGUCUGUUUUGUGCGUAGGUUCGAGAGAGCGAAAGAGUGAGAGACAGAUCAAUUCUACGUCUCUCCUGCUCUUCUCCUUCCUCUUUUUGUAGACACUCGAAGUUCUCUUCUUCCGCCUCCUUCGCAACCAGUGCAAUAAACAAACAGAAACCACACCAAAAAAUAGAAAGAAAGGAAAGCACAAGAUGGCGGGGGAUGGCGGAAACGGGACCAUCUCCCUGGAGCAGAUCAAGAACGAGGCCGUCGACCUGGAGAGGAUCCCGGUGGAGGAGGUCUUCGCGCAGCUGAAAUGUACCCGGGAGGGGCUCACCGACGCCGAAGGGGAGCAGAGGCUCCAGAUCUUUGGCCCCAACAAACUCGAGGAGAAACAGGAGAGCAAGCUCCUCAAGUUCUUGGGCUUCAUGUGGAACCCGCUUUCCUGGGUCAUGGAGAUCGCCGCCAUCAUGGCCAUUGUGUUGGCUAACGGAGGGGGUAAGCCACCAGAUUGGCAGGACUUCGUCGGAAUCGUCGUCCUCCUCAUCAUCAACUCCACCAUCAGCUUCAUCGAGGAGAACAACGCUGGAAAUGCCGCUGCAGCUCUCAUGGCUGGCCUCGCCCCCAAGACCAAGGUGUUGAGGGAUGCGAAAUGGUCCGAGCAGGAGGCGGCGAUCCUCGUCCCCGGCGAUAUCAUCAGCAUCAAGCUCGGCGACAUCGUCCCGGCCGACGCCCGUCUCCUCGAGGGCGAUCCGCUCAAGAUUGACCAGUCCGCCCUCACUGGCGAGUCCCUUCCCGUGACGAAGAACCCCGGGGACGAGGUCUUCUCGGGCUCCACCUGCAAGCAGGGAGAGAUCGAGGCCAUCGUCAUUGCCACCGGAGUGCACACCUUCUUCGGCAAGGCGGCCCACCUCGUCGACAGCACCAACAACGUAGGCCACUUCCAGAAGGUGCUCACUGCCAUCGGCAACUUCUGCAUCUGCUCCAUCGCCGUGGGCAUGCUCAUCGAGAUCGUGGUCAUGUACCCGAUCCAGAGACGGAGGUACCGGGAUGGCAUCGACAACCUCCUGGUGCUGCUCAUCGGCGGCAUUCCAAUCGCCAUGCCCACCGUUCUAUCGGUCACCAUGGCCAUCGGAUCCCACCGGCUGUCGCAGCAGGGCGCGAUCACCAAGAGGAUGACCGCAAUCGAGGAGAUGGCAGGCAUGGACGUGCUGUGCAGUGACAAAACUGGAACACUCACCCUCAACAAGCUCACCGUUGACAAGAGCUUGAUCGAGGUGUACGUGAAUGACUUCGACAAGGAUACUGUGGUUCUGUUUGCUGCCAUGGCUUCAAGGGUUGAGAACCAGGACGCCAUCGAUGCUGCCAUUGUGGGAAUGCUUGCUGAUCCCAAGGAGGCGCGUGCAGGGAUCCAGGAGGUCCAUUUCCUGCCAUUUAAUCCAGUUGACAAGCGCACUGCCAUCACCUACAUCGACUCCAAUGGCAACUGGCACAGAUCGAGCAAGGGUGCACCUGAGCAGAUCAUUGACCUCUGCAACCUGAAAGAUGAUGCUAAAAAGAAGGUCCACUCCAUGAUCGACAAGUUCGCCGAUCGUGGCCUUCGCGCUCUGGGCGUGGCGAGGCAGGAGGUUCCCGAGGCAAGCAAAGAGAGCGCCGGCGGUCCAUGGCAGUUCAUAGGUCUCUUGCCACUCUUCGACCCUCCGAGGCAUGACAGUGCGGAGACCAUCCGUCGUGCCCUCGACCUCGGUGUCAACGUCAAGAUGAUCACCGGCGACCAGCUCGCCAUUGGGAAGGAAACCGGGCGCAGGCUGGGCAUGGGAACCAACAUGUACCCGUCCUCCACCCUCCUUGGGGAGAAGAACGAUGACGUCGGUGGCCUCCCCAUUGACGAGCUCAUCGAGAAGGCUGAUGGAUUCGCCGGAGUCUUCCCUGAGCACAAGUACGAGAUCGUGAAGAGGUUGCAGGAGAGGAAGCACAUCUGCGGCAUGACAGGAGACGGCGUCAACGACGCACCUGCUCUGAAGAAGGCUGACAUCGGCAUCGCGGUGGCGGACGCGACGGAUGCCGCCCGGAGUGCUUCGGACAUCGUGCUGACGGAGCCGGGGCUCAGCGUGAUCGUCAGCGCGGUUCUGACGAGCCGCGCCAUCUUCCAGCGGAUGAAGAACUACACCAUCUACGCCGUCUCCAUCACCAUCCGAAUCGUGCUCGGCUUCUUACUCAUCGCCCUCAUCUGGCGCUUCGACUUCUCGCCCUUCAUGGUCCUCAUCAUCGCCAUCCUCAACGAUGGCACCAUCAUGACCAUCUCCAAGGACAGGGUGAAGCCCUCCCCCUUGCCCGACUCAUGGAAGCUGCGUGAGAUCUUCGCCACCGGAGUCGUUCUCGGAGCCUACCUCGCCAUAAUGACCGUCGUCUUCUUCUACCUGGUCCAUGACACAGACGUCUUCCCUGAGAUCUUUGGUGUGAGGGAGAUCAAGGACAGCAACGACGAGUUGACGGCAGCUCUCUACCUCCAAGUGAGCAUUAUCAGUCAGGCGCUCAUCUUCGUCACCAGGUCGAGGGGCUGGUCCUUCGUCGAACGCCCCGGCGUUCUGCUAGUCGUCGCCUUCAUCGCCGCCCAGCUGGUUGCGACGGCCAUCGCGGCGCAUGCGUCGUGGGGCUUCGCUAGGAUCCAGGGCAUCGGAUGGGGAUGGGCAGGGAUCAUCUGGCUCUUCAGCUUGAUCACCUACUUCCCUCUAGACAUCCUCAAGUUCAUCACCCGCUAUGCUCUGAGCGGCAAGGCCUGGGACAACCUUCUCCAGAACAAGACGGCAUUCACCUCGAAGAAGGAUUACGGGAGGGGCGAGAGGGAGGCUCAGUGGGCGCUGGCGCAGCGCACGCUGCAUGGCCUCCAGACAGCAGACACCUCCGUCCUCUUCAACGACAAGAGCAGCUACAGGGAGUUGUCGGAGGUCGCGGAGCAGGCGAAGCGGCGCGCCGAAGUUGCCCGGCUGAGGGAACUCCACACGCUCAAAGGGCACGUCGAGUCUGUUGUGAAGCUGAAGGGACUGGACAUUGAGACGAUCCAACAGCACUACACUGUGUAAUGGAAGGAAAAGACGAAGACAAAUGUGGACCAUGGGGAUGGCCUUCUUCGUGGUGUACUGUGUGUGUGUUGUGUGAAUGUGGCAAGCCUGGUGUUGAGAGAGAGAGUAUAACAUAGAAUGGACGGGGGAUAUGGUGAUUGACGUAAUGUGAUGCCUUUUACUUUCCUUCUCCUUCGAUAUUUCAGGCUUGUUCUUUUUGGUAUUAUAUAUUUUUAUUUCUC